UACUGUAUGUUUUGAUAUUGGUGCUCCAAAAUGUGAACACAGAUACGGGACCAAAGAGAUCCUGUAAUCCGAUUUAUAAUCACCUAACAAACUCGUUGGAAAUUAUUUGCAAAAAUGUCAACGGUGCCGAAUCUGGAAGUGAUUGUAUUUCUAAGCUAUUCGAUGUAAAUGGUUUAUUUGAACGUGAUGAAACCAGGCGUAAGGUGAAAGAAAUUAGAAUCGAUGGAUGUAAAAAUGCUGUAAAUUAUUCGUUGUUGUCCAAAUUUGAACAUUUAAACGUAUUUGAUAUGUCACAUGUUGGAUUGACUUCUGUCGGCUAUUUGCAUUCGAAAUGUCUGCAUUUAAACGUAUUCAAUGUUUCUUUCAAUGAAUUUCGUGAAAUUCCACAUAGACUCACUUCGAAAAUGCCAAAUGUAACCGUAGUUGAUAUUUCACACAACGAUUUGGAAGACUUGCAACUGUACAAUUUCUGGUAUAAUCACAAAUUAACCACUUUAAAUAUUUCACACAAUAAACUGCUCACGUUUUAUACAUGGUUGCCCGUAAAUUUGCGCGAGCUAGAUAUUAGCAAUAAUCGAAUAAAAUCAAUUUCAUAUGGGAUUUUCAAUGGAUUAAAUCAAUUUAAAGUGUUAAACAUAACGAAUAACCCAGUGCGAAUGAAUUAUAAUUUUCUACGGAUUUUAUUGUCCUCAUUUGUUACACACACUACAAUGGAAUUGGUUGAUGAAGUUGAGCUACGACGCGGGGAAAUGUUUGAUGAUAUUGAAAUAACGAUAGAUAUCGAAGACGAAAUCAUUUUUCGCAUUGUCAGACGAGAAAAUGAGCUCAUACAAAGUAAACGGUGGUUCAAGCAUUUGCAUGUUUUUAUAUUUGAAUACAAUAAACGAGAUAAUACCAAAGCUUUAAUCAAUCUAUUGGGAUCAUCAAUUCGACACGUGGAAUUGACAGGAAGUUAUGUUGGAGAAAUUGAUGCAGAUAAAUUUGAAGAGUUUUGUCAUUUGAAAACGCUAAUUUUAUCAAAUACUGGCUUAGUGAGCUUUUCCCUACGUCACAUCACACAUAUUACGAAACUGGAAUUCCUCGAUGUUUCUGACAAUAAAUUAGAAGAAAUCGGCAAAUCAACAUUCUUUUCAGAUGCCGAUAAUUUGAAGAAGUUGUGCAUGCAAGGGAAUCAUAUCACGAAUAUGAAAAAAGUAUUAGAAUCUUUGGCACCAUCUAUGGAAUAUCUGAAUUUAAAAGAAAUGAAUCUAACUAAUUUUGACUUUGUCUCGAUUGAGCAUCUCGACCAAUUGAAAGAGCUCGACAUUUCAAGCAAUAAUUUGCAAAGGAUGUAUUCCAUGCCGAUUUUGAGAAACUUCUACAAAUUGUCAAAAUUCCUUGCGUCUGAUAAUAAUCUAGAGAACGGCGGUAAUUUGAUACAAAAUUUACCGUCAGCAUUGGUUGAAUUGGACAUGUCUGGAAAUUACGUGGGUGAAAUAACUGCGAAUAUGUUUUUUACAUUGAGGGAACUACAGUUUUUACAUUUGAGCCGUACAAAUCUCACUAGUUUUACCUUCGGUGCAAUUGAAUAUCUUACCAAACUUUACUGGCUUGACAUUUCGAAAAAUGGUUUGAGGAAAGUGAAUUUUGCAUUAUCGUCAAAAGAUUCAAAGUGCCGUUUAAAUUGGCUUCGUUUAGAUGAGAAUGCUUUGACCGAAUUGGACACACUUUUGCCAGAGCAAUUUCCCGCACUUGGCACAUUGGGCAUUACAAAAAAUCGAUUCUCUUGCACAUAUUUGGAAAAAUUCAAAACUCCAUGGAUACAAUCACGUAAAUUCAUCAUCGAUUUCUUUGACCAGGGAUGUUUUAAACAAACCGAUAAAAUUCCUACAGGAGAUGAUAAAUCAUCGAAUGUGGCACUGUAUGCAGUUCCUUUUGGUGUACUAAUGAUCAUUGUUGUGGCUGCCAUUGUGGUGUACUUGAUAUUACGUCGAAGGCGAUCUAAGAGGAGUGAAGUGCAGACUACUGUUGUGUACAAUCAAAAUGGACCGGCCAAUAAAUUUGGAUUCGUUAACGAUGCAAUGGCAACAACCAGCAAGUUGAAUGUAAAGGAAGAUCCCACCGAUCAUAUCUACGAAGAAAUCAAAGAGAAUCCCAUCGCGUAUGAUCAACUUAGAUUCAAUUCCAACCUCAAACGGAUGCCAAUUCCAAUACCAAUGCCAUUUGCACAACAUACUCUCAAUCACUAUGACAAUGCUAGGCUUCUGAGGCGCGAAUAUAAAUCUUGAAUUUUUUUCGCUUUAUCACACUUCGUCGAUUGUGA